UUGUUUUAACACUGCUAGCAUCUCAGAAUCUCUCAAAACGUCGCCACAUUUCAGGCCAUUUCCUCUGAAAAACGCGUCCCGUGUUUGUCGACGCCUGGUGGCCGGUGCGUGAAAGCGCAGCUAGCUGACAGUCAAAGUGAAGGAACACAGGGUUCAGAGCAUGUCGCCUCCUGUUGCUGCACCUCACUGUGGGAUCUGCUGUCGACCUUUCAGCCUGCACACAUGAGCGCAGAGAGCUUUCGGACGCCGCUGCUCGCUAUGUGCGACCCGGAGGAGUUGAGCAGCUCUGCGGUAGGAGUCUGAGAGGGAAAAAAGGGAAAACCGGGUUUGUCACUGCGGGGAUUUUUUUUGACACAACUUGUCUGAGAAGUCGCUUCGCUCCCGCUGCUGCUGGACGUCGGUUGGGGAAAGUGUGAAACAAGUGUCAGGAAGAGAAGCAACAGAUGUUAUUUGGUGGAUAUGCGGCCGGCUGAGGAAUGAGAGCAGCGGCAGCGGCGAGGCACCGGCGGCCCUUCCAGCGGUUCUGCUGCUGUGGAGUCGGGCUGGUCGCCGUCAUUUGGCUCGCGCAGGUCAUCCAGGCACCAGAGACGGAGUCCUCUGGGUUUCGGCCAGGCGUGAACUUCGGGACGCUGCAAUGGACUCGCAGGUUAUUGCAGGAGAAAUCAGACAACCAGAGCCUGGGUGAGCCUCGAGCAGCCAUCCAUGAGUUUCCAGAGGACAUUUUCACCAAGGAGCAGAGGAAGCAUGGGGCUGUGUGUCUGCAUGCACUCUGUGCCAUUUACAUGUUCUACGCCCUGGCCAUCGUCUGUGACGACUACUUUGUCCCUUCUCUUGAGAAAAUAUCUGAGAAUCUUCAGCUCAGUGAAGAUGUGGCUGGAGCGACAUUUAUGGCAGCAGGAAGCUCUGCUCCAGAGCUAUUCACUUCUCUCAUCGGUGUCUUCAUCACGAAAGGAGACGUUGGAGUUGGCACGAUAGUGGGCUCAGCUGUCUUCAACAUCCUGGUCAUCAUCGGACUGAGUGGAAUCUUUGCAGGCCAGACGGUGGUUCUGACAUGGUGGUCUCUUUUUAGAGAUUCCUCCUACUACAUUCUGUCUGUACUGACUCUCAUCCUGGUUAUUUAUGAUGCCACAGUUGUCUGGUGGGAGUCAUUGCUCCUCAUGACCAUGUAUGGAAUCUACAUUUUAAUCAUGAAGUUCAACUCCCAGAUUAUGGUGUUUGUGAUGCAUAAGUUCAGGAACGUUGGGCCACGCUGCCUCCGAUCAGAGGAUCACGGUGAUGACAAGAUGGGAGAGGAUGCCUCGGGCUGCAAUACCUCUAUGGUGCUUCUCAACAAAGGCCAAGGCCACGGUCCGGACCCUCCAGUGGUCAUGGUAGAUGAGCUUCUCAUCCACAACCCCCACAAACUGUCCUUCUCAGAGGCUGGCCUGCGUAUUAUGAUCACCCCCCACUUCUCGCCUCGCACCAGACUCUCUAUGGCAGGACGCAUGGUUAUCAGUGAGAGGCAGAGACUGAUCCGUAGUUCAAAGAACCAGCGGGAUGUCGAGGCCGGUCCUGCAUCAAGGGGCGCAUCAACCAGCAAUAGUGUGAAGAGGACGGGCUCCUGCAGUCUGGAGAAUGGAGGUGGGAGACCUGGCAUAGGAGACUUGGAGUCAGGAGACAAACCAGGCACUGAUGUGUGCCAGCCAGAGGAGGAAGAGGAUGACGAAGAUGGGAUUUUCAGUCCAGUGCGCAUACCAGGCGGCUGCUGUGCACGGGUAAAGUGGGUGAUCACGUGGCCUCUGGGCCUCCUGCUCUACUGCACUGUGCCUAACUGUAUUCUGCCACGCUGGCACCGCUGGUUCAUGGUCACCUUCGUGGCCUCCACAUUAUGGAUCGCUGUCUUCUCCUACCUCAUGGUGUGGAUGGUCACUAUCAUCAGCUACACCCUUGACAUCCCGGAUUACAUCAUGGGUAUAACCUUCCUUGCAGCAGGAACCAGCGUACCCGACUGCAUGGCGAGUCUGAUUGUGGCUCGUCAAGGCAUGGGGGACAUGGCAGUGUCUAACUCCAUAGGCAGCAAUAUCUUUGACAUCCUGCUGGGUUUGGGGUUCCCCUGGGCUUUACGUACCCUUAUAGUGGACCAUGGAUCAUCAAUUUCCAUUAAUAAUAAAGGACUUGUAUAUUCUGUCAUCCUGCUGCUGGCAUCCGUUUUUCUGACGGUGAUGAGCGUUCAUCUGAACCACUGGAGGCUGAACCGCCGGCUGGGUCUGGGUCUGAUGUUUCUCUAUGCCAUCUUCCUGCUCUGCUCCAUCCUCUUCGGGCAAAUGUGAGGCCUUAAGGUCGAAGUUUAACCCUGUCAGACAACAUGCUGAGUACCUACCUUUCUACCACACAUCCUCUUUCCUGAAACCAAAAAAAAAAAAAAAAGAAGAAUGACAGCGUUGUUGUGCUAAUUGUGAAACUUUCUGUGCACCUCUAUAGGACUCGCUACAGUGAUACUGUACACAUGCAACUACACAAGCACACACACAGACACACACACACACCACAUCUUUUAGCACAAUUUUGUGUCCUUUUCGUACAGUGCAGUGUUUGACAGCUGUCUUUAGGUAACAAAUAGGCGGACUGAGCAAAAAAUUUCACUGGGUCUUUGACGUUAAAAAGGGAGUGGCACCAACAAAAAUGUGAUUUAGAAAACAAAACUGUUCUUGGUCACUAUGUAAUGGAUUAUAUUUUGAUAAAUAUAUACCAUAACUGAGCUGAAAUUUUCACUCCAUAAUAACUUUUGCAAUACAUUUAUUGUCUAUUUUAUGUUUUGAAUAGACGGCUCUUCUUCUGGCAUCUUCUUUUCCAAAAUCUAUAUUUCUAAGAGAAGGUGGUUCCUACUUACUAAAUUAGCAAUUAGCUAACAGACAAAUCUUGAAAUGUUUAACAACAUUUCCUUUAAUAAAUGCUGUACUACCCCUUUUUCAUUAAAGCAAUAAGUCAGUAGAGGUUUAAAGUCACACUCGUUUUAUUUAUUUUGCUAUUUAUUUGUAUUUUUAAUGUUCAUGCUCUGAAUUCUGCUGCAGUUACACAGAUUGAAGUCCCUGUAAAGGAGUAAAAAAAAUGUUUUCUCAGUUUGUCACAUUGCAGAGAAAUGUAACCACCCACCCAAAUUUAAAUGAUGAAAAAGUAUAUAGAAGUAUAUACAAUUAGAAUCUAUAAAUGUGGAAAAAUAAGCAACAUUCUCUGAAACAUUGAAACAAAAAUGGACCAAACCAACCCUGAAAACAGACCUGAGUUUGUUUUAAACAAACCAAAAAGAAUCACAUGUGAAUUGUGAACUUGCUCUGUAGAUACAGAUGCUGUCGCUUUGCAGAUGUGGAAUGAGUUAAGAAUGACAGUAGACUAUCCAUGAAUCUCAGUUGUCUCUGAUGAAAGUUUUUUAAACCACCCAUUGUAAGACAGGUGAUGCUCCUCAUCAGUUUGGCUCUGUACUAAAUCAGUUCAUCUCAUCAUUUGUAGGAAAUUCAAACGAGCAGCCUGAGCUGUUCUGCAAAUUCUGUCAUCUAGACAUGAUGCAUUGGUUGGACGAAGGCAGCUAGCUGGCAAACUGUAGGCUGUAGUAGGUAUAGACACUCGUAAUCCAGCAGGAGAACCACUGAUGCUGAUGCACUCCAGCUUUUAUAAUGUCGUGUUAGGAGGAGGGGUCAGUGUGUCAUCGAACAAUGAUUUCUUGUCACCUAAAAAAUCCUGAACACAAAAAGAUAAACAGUCUAACAGGGUAACUCCGCAUAGUUCAGUCUUUUCACGUUUUUAGUCUUUAUUUCCUGUUUGGAACAAAAAUCUCCGAAUUUCACUUUACACUGACUUUAAUUGUAAUAACUCUGGUUCGCUUCUUCAAUGUCACAACAAGCACAAGUAAUUUCUUAUAGAGUAGCUUUAUUAGUCUGUAUUUGGGGCUGAAUCUGCAUAUUGUCCCCUCAGAUAAUUCCUCUUGGAGUUCAGCAACAGUUUGAGCAGAAUAUGCACUGUUGUGAUUUACAGUAGGGAAGUGAUGUGUAAAACGGCGAAUUCUACAUUUAGCCCUACUGGGUUUACAGCACAGGAAACAGUCAUCUUCAAAAUAAGUCGAGGACCAGGACAUGUGACUAGAAGCUAACGUAACAAUUUAUACUGCUAUGUCAUACUUGGGUCUAUUUUUCAAGGUUAAAACAAACUACCAAGCCUUCAAUGCUCUGAAUGUACAUCUUAGCUGACUUUUAGCUUUCAUGUGAACAUUUUUACAUGCAUUUAAAUGUAGCAGGCGAUACUGAAUUACAGCAAAGAAACCUCCGACCAGACAGGGAGGUGCUUUAGUCCUGCAGCGACAGACACCAUGCACGUGUCAGAAGACUUUAAGAGUAGAGCCGAUAUGAAAAUGCACAUCGUAACGAUAUUUUGACAACUUUGCCUCACUACUACUUAUAAGCAAGUAUUGGUACAGCUCAAUGUACGUAAAGAGAUUAACCUAGUAUUAUAGUAUUUUUAGAAGUCUUAUUACUAUGAAAUCUAAUAUAUUAUGUGCUUCUAUGAGUGUCACGGAUUUUGAUGACUUUAAGUGCAGGUUAGUUGUAAUACUUCACGUUUAGGUACGACAAUCGAUGUUUGUAUUGUUAUUUUUGUACAUUUUCUGAGAUUGUUUCACUUUGGUGGAACAUUUUUCCAUUUAGCAAACACAACAAUAAACACACACAUUUACAGCGUGUGUGUGUGUGUGUGUGUGUGUGUGUGUGUGUGUGUGUGUGUGUGCAUUACAGCAAAUAAUGCUGCAGAUUUCUUAUUAACCCUCGUGUCGUCCUGCGGGUCAAAAUUGACCCGUUCUAAACUUUAAAAAUGUGGGAAAAAAAAUUCCCAGUAAAACUUCUGAUGUCCACAUUUUCAACAUUUUUGGGAAAUCUUUGAACAUUUUUUGGUGGAAACAAAUAUUAAAAAUAUUUCUUAAGCACAUUCAGAUAAAAAAUUUUAUGCGAAUGUUCUUAAAGAAAAUAGAAGUUUUACUGAUAUAUAUGUAAUGACUUUAGAUAUUUUUAGGAUUUUUUUGGAACAUGUUUGCUCAUUUUUUGAAAAUUUUCUUGCAAAUUUUUUAAAAAUAAAACUUUUAGGGGAAAUUUCUCAGGAAUUAUUGGAAUUUUCUUCCUGAAGGUUUUCCAAAUUUUCAGAAAUUUGGGGAAAUUUUUUGCUGAAAUUUUGGAUUUUUUUUCUGACAAGGAAACAAUAUUUUUUGGUGCCCGUAAAUGAGGACAACGAGGGUUAAUACAAAUCUGCUGCUCCUCUAUUCCAACGUAGGAAAAGAUGAGCAACAAUCUGGACAUAAUAGGGUUUUCAGUUUUUCUGUCCACAAAUCUGUGAAUUCCAGAUUAAAUGUUCCACCAAAGAGAUCAAGGUGAUUUUUUUUUCUCUCAAAUGGCUGUACAAUUAUUAUCAUUGUCUACUUGACAAUACUUUCUACUGUUUGUAAAUGUUAAAUAAUUGACAUAGUUUUACAAUAAUGAAUGCCUGACAGAGACUAGUUUUGUGGUGUUUUUUUGAUAUUUAAAAAAAACAUAACGUAAGCCUAUUUGUGAAUUAUUGUAACAGAAUGAAUGCAUAUUUUGUCAAUGUGUUCGGUGGACUAUGAAGGCUGUAGAAUCAGAACAUUAAGAUUUUUUUUGUUUCAGUGUUGAUUCACUGACACAAUAAAGCCCAAUUAUAGGUUUGAAGUAAUUUAAAAAAAAAUGUUUUCAAAGUUUGGUUAGAAUAUUUACAUAUGUGAUUGUGCUGUCUUCUUGAUGCAGACAAAGUGGUGUUUUCCAUUAAAAUGAAAGUGAAAUUGCACUUAUUUAUGUAAUGACAGUAAGUAUUACUCAUGCUUUUGCUUUUUGCUGCAGUUGAAAAUUGUAGUUAAACCACAGAUACCCUGCUAUUACCUGUGAAAUCAGUGCAUUUUAAUUGGAUUUAAGGUGAUGGAUGCACUGUUAAAACGAACAAAAACGUAAUUAUGAAGUAAAUGUCGACAUCCCAGAUAUAAUAGUGCAGAAGGUAUCCUUUUCUAAGCAUGAAGUGCAGCUACGUUUUGAGAUUUAUAAUUGAAAAUAUAAUUACAAAUUUGAAAGCAAGAAACAGAAUCAUUAUUUCUUAUUUUUAAUGUUUUUUUUUUGUUUUGUUUUUUUUGUUUCAUUGCCUGGGGCAGAAAGUGUCUUUUCCUAUCCACAUGAUCUCCAUCGUUGUUUUACUCCCUCAACAACCUCAACCAUCAGUUCAUUGUGUUUUGCCAGCAGGGGACUCACAGCAGUGUUUGAUGUGGUACUUCACUCAGCUGCUGUGAGUCCCUGCUGUUCACUCCUGAUACCAAACAUCAUCUCCAUCCGAACAGCCGAACUCCUGUACUUGUUGCGGCUUCACAGCACUCAAACGAUGUUCUGUUUAUUCUGCUGUAAUGUUGGAGGUAGAAGAUAUUUUAGAUUUAAAAUUUACUGCUUUAGAGAUUGUAAUGGAUCAUAGACGACUGUUCUUGUAUCUUGAGUGCAAUAAACAAAAAAAGUGCAAUAACAA